AUGCUGGCCAUGCUGCUUCGCGCGCUGGCAGCCCCAUCAGCCAGCGGCAGCGUGGUGCGCCCGCAGGCGCUGCCGUCGCUCACACGCGUGGCCUGGCGUGUGGCCGCGAUGCCUGCGUCAUCAUCAGCAGCAGCAGCGUUGCUAGGCUGCUCCUCUCGCUUCUGGAAGCUGCCAGCCGGCACGCACGCGCCAGCCCGCCAGCUGAGCAGCAGGAGCAGCAGCCUGCAGGCGCCCACACAGCUGCAGCCACCCACGGAGCCAGACCCAUCGGAGUGCUGCGGCCGGGGCUGUGCCGAGUGUGUGUGGACGGCCUAUUACGAAGACGUGCAGCAGUACAAUGCUGAGCUGGCAGCACUGCACGGGGUUGCCCCGCCUGAAGACCCCUUUGCAGCCCUUGAGCGCAGGCUUGCGGAGCAGCAGCGCCAGGCGGAGCAGCAGGAACAGCAGCAAGACCCCGUGGCAGCAGAGGCGCAUAGUGUGCCAGCAGCGCCAGCAGCUGGAGCGCCAGCGCCGCCGCCAGAGCCGCCUACACAGCAGCAGCAGCAGCCAACACGCGGUGGCUCGGAGCCCGCGUGGCAGCAGCGGCCGCAGCAGAUGGCACUGCAUGGUGCAUUGGCUGGAGUUGGCUGA